CAAAACGGUAAACAUCGGAUUGCUUCGAUGCAAAUCAUAAAACGCGGAUCGUCAGCUCGAACCAGUCGCACGGAGCAGCGUACGUCGCGGGUGUGUUGGGGUGUGAAUAAAUCGGGUUAUUUCUGUGUAACAAAUUGCCCAACGAUCGUGUACGGUCUGUGCGGUCCAACUGUUGGUCGUCGUGGUGUGUGUGCAAAACUGGUGGCGCGGUACGUGAAGGUGCGAUGGUCAGCCAGCCCUUGACCGUACAGCUGUCUGGGUUGGAUGUGUGCGGGAUGCUUUAGCUGCUUACAGACGGCGUCUCUACACGGCAAUCUCUAUGUGUCCGCUCUGUGAUCGAUAGUGGAGGUGCCCAGGCUCGCCCUUUGUAUCACCGAAUCUCACUGUGUCCGCGUUGUGUGUCCAAAACCCUCGCCAGACGGGUCCAGCUUGGUGUGACAUAAAGAAGCGUGUUCGCGAAUUCGCCGAAACACCGAGAAGAUGAUGAUGAUGAUGAUGGUGUAGUUGAAAGAAUCGCGACAUGAAUGGGUCAAGCUGUGCCCUCCAGCAUUUGGUUGGCCGUUCUGUCCAGCCAAAGUGAUCAUUGUACGUGUUCGAGUGCGUGCCGAAGAGAGUGAGUGAAGUGAUUUUACACAGCAAGUGCUAGAACUGAUCCAAUGUGAUGAUUUAAUUUGCCACAACCUCCCGUACAACAACAAAGUUCCAACACAAAGUUCACGCUCGCCCGAAGGUCGUCCGCGCAAGGGUUUUGUUUUCCGUUGUUUUUGUUGUGCCUGUGUGCAACCAAACCGAUAGAGCGAGAUUGAUACUUCACACACCAACACACAGCGAAACUGAGCAGCACUUAGCAGGCACCGACAUCACACCAACACCACCAUCCUCGUAGUCCGUCCGAUCCGAAGGAUAACUCCUUCAAGGCUUUCCUUUACUUUUCACAGCACCUCCAAAAAAUGUCCGACCCGGACACGGUCUGGCUGGAGGAGCUGCUGAAGGAUGUCCAGCUGGAGCAGUUUCUGCCCCGCAUCCGGGACGAGCUGCAGGUAACGCGGCUCGCCCACUUCGACUACGUGCACGUUGACGAUCUCGAGAAGAUCGGGCUCGGCAAGCCGGGCAUCCGGCGGCUGCUGGAAGCGGUAAAGAAGCGCAAAGCGCAACAGUGGCGCCGCAACAUACUGUCCAAGCUGAUCGGGGGCGGCAAGCAGCAGCCACCGAAAAAGUCCACCGGCGGUGGGUCCGUCGGUGGUGCCGGUCAAAACGAGGAACCGUCCGCCCUGGCCCUAACCUGCCUCAUCCACGAGAAGGACGUAACGCUCUCGGUCAAGCUGGGCGACGGGUCGUUCGGGGUGGUACGGCGCGGCGAGUGGCACGCGCCCGGCAAUCAUCUGGUGCCGGUCGCGGUAAAGGUGCUGAAAGCGGACACGCUCGCCCAGCCCGGCGUGAUAGAGGACUUCUUCAAGGAGGUGCAGGCGAUGCACGCGAUGAACCACCCGAACCUGAUCCGGCUGCACGGUGUCGUGCUGUCCCAGCCGAUGAUGAUGGUGACCGAGCUGGCGGUGAACGGAUCGCUGCUCGAUUUGCUGCGCAAACAGUGCAAGCAUACGCCCCUGCCGAUGAUCUGGAGCUGGUCGGUGCAGAUCGCGACCGGCAUGGCGUACCUGGAGAGCAAGCGCUUUCUGCACCGCGAUCUGGCCUGCCGGAAUGUGUUGCUGGCGGCGGGGAACAAGAUCAAGAUCGGCGACUUUGGACUGAUGCGGGCGCUGCCCCAGCAGGAAGAUUGUUACGUGAUGACCGAACACAAGAAGGUACCGUUUCCGUGGUGCGCGCCGGAAUCGUUGCGCUACCGGCAGUUUAGCCACGCGUCCGACACGUGGAUGUUUGCGGUGACGCUGUGGGAAAUGUUCACGUUCGGGGAGGAUCCGUGGGUGGGGUUGAACGGGUCGCAGAUACUGCGCAAGAUUGACCGGGAGGGGGAGCGUUUACAUCACCCGGAUGCCUGCCCGCCCGAUGUGUACCAGCUGAUGCUGCAGUGCUGGGAUAAGACACCGUCCGAGCGGCCUACCUUUGCCGCGAUCAAAGAGUUUCUCACCGGCGUACCGCCACCGAUCUAUCGAGCGGUAAGCAAUUACAGUGCGGAAAACCGGCUAGCAGCACAACAGGGCGACACGAUCGUGAUCGUCGACGAUCGGCCCGAGCUGCAGUUCAUCAAGGGACAGAAUCAGCGAACGUUCGAUAUUGGCACCAUUCCAAGGGGCGUUGUGGUCGAUGCUCGAAAGUCUUCUACAAGCUCGUCGGGUGGAUCGAGCGCCACGAUUAGCCGCCCGUUGCAUGAUUCAUUCCGGCACACGGGCCAUGGGUCACCGUUUGGUGCUUCCUGGGGCAAUCCGGCUACGCUCGAGAUGGAAGGAGAGGUUAAACUUCGAAAUAAAUCAAAGGACCUGGUAAGCGUCGACCGGCGCGGCAAAUGCAUCUCGGAGCAGUACGUGAAGGAGCGCAAAAGCAAUGCAUCGAAACAGUUCUCCUACAACAAGCUGGUGAACGAGAAUCACUCCAAGCAGCAGCACCUGCACCACCAAGCGCAGCUGCAUCGGCCGCCACGGCCACCGCAACCCCAGCAGCCGGCCGCCACCGAAGGCAUACUGAUCGAUCUUUCGUCGCCGAACGACGAUGCAACGUUCGGCGGGAGUUCCGGUGCUUCCGGCGCUGCGUCCGGCACAGUUCGCCAGGUGGCCAGCAUACUGGACGAACCGAUCGACAUCCCGACGGAGGGCGACGAUCCAUUCGGUGCGCAGCAGCCGGCGCAACAGCAGCACGAACAGCAGCACCUUCAGCUGGCUACCGUCGCCAGCUUUGCAUCCGUGUCACCUGUCCCGCCUGUGGCAGCGAAGCUCGAGCCACCGCCCUACCAAAUGCCACCGAAGUACAGCAACACGUACGGGAUCGUGCACGACAGUACGCUGAAUCUUAGCAUCGCCACCGAACCGGACCCUUUCGCACCGCAGCAAUCGCAACCUGCCCAGCAGCACUAUCAGAAGCAGGAAACGAUCGUAACGUCCGACUACGAGAGUGGUCCCUCCAGCUCGGUCAGUGCGCGCGAUUUGAUGGCCAGCAUUAAGCGGCAGCAAACGAUCGAGCAAGGGGCAGCACCGCCGAUCCAGCCCGUGUACGGCAAUUGGCGGGGAUCGGUAUCGAACAUCAACUCCAACUACGGCCGAGUGGGAACGGAUUUGGAUGGGCUAACGGCGGAUAUGCUCUCUUCUCUCAACAAUGGCCCCAGCGGCAGUGGGCUUAGCUCGCCGGGCGGCAGCAGGGACGCGUACAACGAUUCGCUCGAGGUGAACGUCAGCGGGAACGGGCUUGCCUCCCCGUACGGUGGCUCAACGGCGCACGUGAACGUAACGCCGAAAAAGCUCGACAAAUCGUUCCUGGCCGAGCUGGAGAAGGACAUCUACAAGCAGGAACCGAGCGCCGGCAACAGCAUGAACAGUUCGGUCGCGUAUGCGGCACGCAACAGUGCGAAGGACGUGUCCCAUUCGAAGUACGACACCACGGCGAACCUGGCGAUGAGCCAGAUCUACGCCAACCAGGCCAAUUCGAUCGCGCUGGCGGCCUCCCUCCAGCAGCAGCUUACGCUAUCGCCAAAGAAACAGAACAUGGUGCAGCAGCCGGUCGCUUCCGACACCAACACGCUGGUGCAGCAGAUGUGGGCGGAAAGGAACAAUGUGGCAGCAGCAGCAGCACCGUUGCCCGACGGUGGCCAGCAGCCGGUAUCACCGCAAAAGUCGCACAAUUUCGUUGCGCUUUCGAACGGCGUACAGCCGGCGCAUCAUCAUCAGUACGGCUCAACGAUGAGCCUGUCCAGUGCGAACAUCUACAGCUCCGUGUACAAUGGAAGCAUUGCGUCCUCCGAUGUGUACCAGACGGUUGGUGGCGAUCUGUACGACGUGGUGGCACCUACCCCCGCCUCACUGUACGAGCGUGUGCCGGCGCAGCAAAUCUACAACAACGUGAUGGGCCAGCAGGGCUCGAUGAUGGCGAUCAACAUCACCGGCCCGAACGCCACCGCAAUCUACGACGAGGUGUCCAACGAGCAGCUUAGUGAGUUGCGACCGAUUCGCCCUGCCCCGUCGGCACCACUGUCCGCCCAGCAGAUCCAGCGGCGGUUGGAUCGAUUGGCGCAGCAGGAUCAACAGGUGGCCAGCCUGCUGCAGGAGCUCGGGGAUGAGGCGAACGAAGAGGAAGCGCGCAACUCACUGGCGGCCGUCAACUGGGAUCACACGCUGGCGGUGCGACACUUUAAAAUUGAACGGCUUUGCCGGCUUGGACUCGCUAAUCGUACCCGGUGUGAGGAGGCACUGCAGAAAACGGGCUGGAGCAUUCAGCUGGCCGCUUCGAUUCUGCUCGAAACCUAGUCCCGGGGGACGAUUUGCGCGAGGGUUGGAGCUUUAUUUGAGCAGUUCGGUGCAAGAAAGAGCGAGGCUUGACACAAACACACACAAACAAUACGAAUUACUUAGUUUUAGCUAGCUUUAGUGCGAAUGCGUCCUUUGAAGAGGAGGGGGGCAUAAGCGAGGGACGCUACAAACAAUGCGAGUCAAUUUAUGUUUCCCUCCCUUGCGAAUACUGCGAAUAUUGCAGUGAAGUAUAGCGAAAUCUCAUGCUAUGUAACAAAAGUAUUAAAGGGAAGGUUUUGCCUUGCUUCAACAAUGCGACAAACCGAGCGCACAGGUGGUCGUUUUUCGUUUCGCCAUCUGCCUACUUGUACAUAUGUUGUACACUCUAUGUUAGAAGUUACACCCGCUGAUAGAUAAGGAUCCAAUUGGAAAUUUGUUAGCAAAGCCAGCUUCAGAAGCCCAGCACCAGCACUACUACGCUUUACAAAGCACACGAAACUGCAACCAAUGUCGUUGUCUCUCUCUCUGGAGCGGUGUUUGAAGUUGUUUUAGCUGGCAAUCUUGCGUACUAGCAACAGAAACGUUAAUUUUGUACUGUGCGCGACAGAAAGAGGAUAGAUGUUUUAUUAUUAUAAAUUAUAGCGUAAAUCCGUUCACUUCCAUCCAAGCUGUGUGUGUGCAGCAGUUGUCGAAUUUGAUAGGCAAUCGGUAUAAAUCUCGUCGUCAAUCUCAGAGCACUUCCUUCACUCCCAUACUGAGCUGUCUACGUGUGCCUAAGUUAAAACUAUCUGUUUAGAGAAAUGCGUCUCCAAGAACGGCUCGUAAGGGGAAUAUUAUACUUAUAUUUUACUAACCGUACGUCCAAAGCAAAGCAGAUUCAUAUUUUUUAUUGAAUUUUUAUUGAGAAAUUGUAACGUUACAAGCGGGUUCCUUUCCGUUGAUCGUCGUGCUGGGAGUGGAGAUGGGCAUUUCGGUUUUUUUAAGUGAAUGUGAUAGAACCGAGUCGUUCAUCAGAAUGAACUUGCACGUGAUUUCGGUUCUUCCGUUCGUUUGCAAAUAGAAAUACUUGUAGAUUCUGUAAAUCGGUACACAUUUCGAAAAUCAUUAGAACUACAGAUCGGUUCGCCUGGUUGCCUAAACAGCAAGCCCAUAUUUACAAUCUAUCUUUUGACGAUAGAACGAAUUCUGACCUUACAAUUCAUCUAUUGAAUUCUAACUGUAGUUCUAUUCUUGUGAACCGGUUCAUUCUUUUUUUACGUGAAAUUUGUCUGGCACACAUCUAGCUGGAAGAAUGUUCGCAUUGCUGCUCCGCCCGCUUCUGGUACAGGCCCGAUACGUGCCGUUCUAGCUGCACCUUACGUUACGUUGUACACAUUAUUCUCGAUUCACGGACUCUCCUCUGUCUGCUCUUUAACGUCAUCCUGGAAUGUGUCAUUCAAAGCGCGGGGCUAGACAACGACAUCCGUGGCACAAUCCUCUACCGGUCUCUCCAAUUUCUUGGCUUCGCGGAUGACAUCGACAUCAACGGCAGGACAACAGCAAAGGUGUGUGAGGCGUACAUCCGACUCAAACGCGAAGCAGCAAGAAUUGGAUUGAGAAUCAACGCGACGAAGACGAAGUACCUGCUUGCCGGAGACUCAGACCACCAUCUGGGAAGCAGUGUAUUAGUUGACGGCGACAAUCUCGAGGUAGUAAAGGAGUUCUGCUAUCUUAGGACGGUCGUUAAUUCGGGCAAUGGCCACUACGAUCGAAUGUGUGCAUCCACGAUUUAAUCGCGUUCCACUGCGAUAGAAUCGCAUUCCACUUCGGUUUAAUCGUGGUCCACUACAGUUGGAUUUUAAGAUUUUAAAGCUAGAGCAUAGUAAAACUGAGGCACAAACCGAGGUGGCAAGAUGGCAUGGAGGCGUCCGCCAUUAAGGCCGGAAUAACGGACUGGCAGACAGAUGCGCGAGACCGUGAGCGGUUUCGGACACUCCUGAGGUAGGCCAAAACCGCAAAGCGGUUGUAGCGCCGGUUAACUAAGUAAGUAAGAGCAUAGUAAACCGUUUUUUAUGUUUGAAAAAACUGUGGUUUUAUGUUUAAAAAGCUAUGCUACAGACCGGUGUAAAGAGCUAAAAUAAUGUACACCGGUCGGUCGCAAAACCACACUAAAAAUGUUGCUAGAGAAUAUUAUUAAGGUAUGUAACGAAGAGGGCUGGGCCUUACUUUUACCAGAAGAAGAAUAUUGACAUUGGCCUCACGGCGCCACACUACUUGGCGGUAUGUCUUCGUCGGUGGUAUGUCUUGGGGCACGGUUAAAAGCCAAAAAAAGUCUAUUGUUAUAUUUAACCUUGUAAAGGUAAUAUAGCCAAUCUUUUUACGCAGCGAACCAUUACUCAAAUGUAUUUAUUUGUAUGUAUCCUAGCAAGCGUGAAACGAUGAAGUCAGACCUUAAUAGUGUCGAUUAUUUUAACUACAGUAUGUUCCCGAGUUACGCGGUUUGUGCGUUUCCGAGGAAUGCGCGUAACUCGAAUUUCGGUUUUCGACGAAAAACAAAAAUUACACGUUUAUUUUUUUAAAUUAAAGAUAGUUCUGUUAUACACUUUAUCAUUUAUUUGACAUGGUUCAGGUGCAGAAAAUUUUAAUAUUUUCUGCUUUUAAGCGGAUUAAAUUUAGCCGCUAAAAUGUAAUUUAAACUGCAUCGGACAAUUAUUGAACCAAAUUGUACCGAUUUCACAUUUUAUCUAUCAAAUUUAGAAAACCGCGUUUGUCGAGAACCGCGUAACUCGGGCACAGACUGUAUACCUUUAAUACAGCAAUCUAAUCACUUUGCUUUACCCCCAUCAAAUGGGAUGCAAACUAAUUGAAGAACAAGACAAAGGGUAUUAUUUUUGUAAUGUUAUUUUCUUGUUUGUAAAGAUGUAUCAUCGCCUUGAGCUUCACACGGUGGAUCGAUAUAUAAGACAUUGCAAUUUACUCACAGACAGUGCAGUGUAAAACAGACAGUCAAUGAUAUCGGACGUGAAGACAUAGCAAUAGUGGCAAUGUGUCAAUCAUUUACGUGUACUAGUAAAAAACUGGUCAAACUACGAUAGUAAAAAAA